AUGGGGUGCAAUGGUGAGAUGGUCCACGCCAGCAAGGAAGUAAAUCUCCUCGGCGGAGGUCAAGCUAGCGGGCAGGAACUUGGUCGGGGCUGCCGUAUCAAGAACAGACCAUACUUCCGGUUGGUAUUAUCCUCAUCUCCCAUGCCAUUGUCUUCACUAAGGCAACAAUUGCUGAGACCGCCGGCGACUAUGUCGCCAGCCAGCCUCAUCGAUCGAGAACAAUGGACCAUCUCACAGCGUAUUGUACGUCAAUGCUGCGAAAGCGCAUAUCGGCUAUUGGUGAACCAACCGGACAACGAGACUAAGAUUCAAGAGAUCUUUGACCACCAACUGACAUUACCUGAGCGUAAUGGUCUGAUCACGGCGUUCUACAUGGCCAUGAAGAGUGAUGUGAUUGACGAUGUAGAACGCCGUGAUCAGUUGUAUCAAAUGCACGCUACAGUUCGCCCUCUCCUUGCGACUACCUUGAAAGCGGAGGAUUUUACACUCAUCAAUGACUAG